AUGCAACCCGCAUCGUCCGCCGGGAAUUUCGCAAAUCUGUUGAACCCGCAGAAGAGCAUCAGCAGUGUGGAUAGGGAGCGAGAGCGAGAACAGGACGCCGCGAGAAGGAAACUGGCCGAUUUGCAGCAUCAGCAGCAGCUGGAGCGCUAUCACCAGCAGCAGCAGCAGCAACAACAGCACCACAACCACACCCAGCACCACCCAGAGAUGGCAGCCGUCACGAUGAUGCCCGCCAUGGCUACAGCCUCACCGCAACAGCAGCAGCAGCUACAGCAACAGCACACCGCCGACGAGCGACCCGACCUCCCCCGACCCUACAAGUGCCCCCUCUGCGAAAAGGCCUUCCACCGCCUCGAGCAUCAAACAAGGCACAUCCGUACGCACACCGGCGAGAAACCCCAUGCCUGCCAGUUCCCCGGCUGCACCAAACGCUUCUCCCGCUCUGACGAACUCACCCGACACUCGCGGAUACACAACAACCCCAACUCGAGACGAAGCAACAAGGCGCAGGCCCAGGCACAGCAUGGCGUCGUGCAACACCCUCUGCCCAAUGGCCCCUUGGAGCUGCCCCCCGCCAUGGCGAACAUGAUGCCUCCGCCCAAGAACAGCAGCAAUGGCAAUAGCAGCAUGAGCAUGUCCGCGUCCCGGUCCGCCCCCGCCUCGGCCAUCGGCUCCCCCAAUGUCUCUCCUCCGCACUCGUACGCCUCGUACUCGACCGUCGUGCCCUCGAAUCUGAACCCAUACGGCCGGAGUCUCGGCGGCAGCCCGAACAACGGCCACCAGAGCCACCCGCAGAGCCAUCAGCAGGGUCACCACCAUCUGGAUAUCAACCUCCUGGCCACCGCCGCCACCCAGGUCGAACGCGAGAGCACCUUGGCCACGCACCACCCGCACCACGGCGCCCCGAGACAUCACUACCCGUACUACAGCCACAGCAGUCACAGCAGCCGGAAUCACCUGCCCUCGCUCUCGGCCUAUGCCAUGUCGCGGUCCCAUUCGCACGACGAGGACGAUCACUACGCCCAUCGCCAUGCCAAACGCUCGCGGCCCAACUCCCCAAACAGCACCGCGCCCUCGUCGCCGACCUUCUCCCACGAUUCGCUGUCGCCCACGCCCGACCACACCCCCCUCGCGACGCCCGCCCACUCGCCGCGUCUCAGGCCGUAUGGAGGGGGAUACGAUCUCCCAGGCAUUCGCAACCUGUCAUUACAGCAUACGCCGCCAGCCCUCGCGCCCAUGGAGCCGCAGCUCGACGGCCCGUACCAUAUCACCAGCCAGCCAACGCCGGCCGCGCCACGGAGUGGUCUCACCAUCAGCGACAUCAUGUCCAGCACCGACGGCGCGCAGCGGAAACUUCCGGUCCCGCAGGUGCCCAAGGUGGCAGUUCAAGAUCUGUUAACGAGCGAUAAUGGCUUCAACUCGAGCGGGCAGAGCAGUACAACCGGGAGUGUGGCGGGAGGCGAUUUGAUGGAUCGAUUGUGA